GUUCUGGGCCUACGCCUUUGCCCUCAGCAAGGCCCCCGAGCUGGCUCAGCGGCUGCCUCGGGAGCAGGAUCGUACCGACGCCACCUCAUCCGUCUCCUCUCCCGAUCCCGAUGAAGUGAUACACCUGCAGCCACGUUUGGACGAUGAAACAUCAGAAACUCCAGCUCGGCCUCACUUUUCAGCAACUUUUCCCCGAGUCUGGAGGAGCUGGGAGGAGACGCGGAGACUGAGGAGUUCUCGCUGAGCGGCAGAGGUCCGUAACGAAGCCUGUGUCCGUUGGUGUCCUUUGCGGCGGAGAUCGCCUGGCGCCCGUCAUGUCGCCUUGGAUGAUCCUUCCCGUCAGCCUGCCUGUCUUCAUCAUCACAGGAAUAUGGGUGGUAUACGCGAUGGCCCUCUACAACCAGCACGUCUGCCCUGUGAACAACUGUAAAUGUGGAACUCUGCCACCUGAAAGCUGCUUUUUCAGCCUCAUAUGCAGCACCGGAUCCUUUAUGGUGAUGCUGAUCGGCCUGCUGCGCUACGCUCACGUGAUCGAGAAGCACCAGAACUGCAUCCUCAACACCGCCGGCCUCUCCGCCGGGUGGCUCUGCGCCGCAGGGCUCAUCAUGGUGGGAAACUUCCAGGUGGAUUUUGCUAAAGUCCUUCACUACGUGGGAGCUGGGGUCGCCUUCCCCUCCAGCAUGCUGUUUGUGUGCCUUCAGUCAGCUCUGACCUACAGACUGGCCAAGACCCAGGAGGAAUACUGGAUAGGUCACAUACGUGUGGGGAUGGCCCUGCUGGCCCUCAUCGCCCUGGUGCUCAGUGGGGUUUUUUUCUGCCAGGAGAGCUACGCCCUGCAGCACGCCUCCGCCAUCUUUGAGUGGAUCUACUGCUCGAUCAUCAUGUUCUUCUACGGGACUUUUGCCUUUGAGUUCGGGGGCAUGUCGGGGGACACCCUGAUGGUGCUCUCCAAAGGCGGGGCGAUGCAGAGCUUUUCCACCUCUGACCACAAGACAGAGGUCGGCGGAGCCGGCCACCACCAGCCAGAGAGCUUAUCGAUCCUGUGACUUAACUACAGUGUGUUUGAGGAAAAACUGGAGGUGAAAGAGUAACAGAGUCUAGAGUCUGGAUGCUGCACCCUGCCACACCACACUCACUACUACAAAGUGCCAAAGCUGCUCUCCUCAGCAGUGACCAAAGACUGACAGACUUCUGUCCUGCAAAGCGUUGCACAAAACCAACAAUGCCUGUGCGAACACAAACACCAACAAAGAAACACACACGAGCACACCCACAGUCCUUAAUGUUUGCUUUAAUUGUCUCAGAGUAACAAUCGGUCUCUGAAAGUGCCUCAGAUGUCGCUCCUCGCUGCGCGCCGUCAGUCCCGGAGCCUUGCAUUGUUUCUACUCAGGAAGUUUUGUUACACAAUCAGGUUUCUCUCCAUACCUCCGCAGCAAGAUGAGGGUUUCCACAAACAUCAGACAGCAGGUGGGCUUCAUGUGCGACGACUAGCCUCUGCUAUCAAAGUAGCUUAAAGAUGUAAAUGUUAUUCUAAGCUGAAUUUCAACACUCGGUGCAACUGUUUAAGGCAAUAUUGCCCAUGUAGCUCUCUCAUAUUUCCCAGAUAAGCUCAGUUUUGUUUUGUCUUUUGUUGUUUCUCAUUUCAGCUCGUUGCCAAAAAAUGCUGUAUAAUUUCUCUUUAAUGGGACCAAACUAUGAAGGUGAAACAUUGAUAUGUUUAACACCUUUAAUUUCAUCAUACGCAGAAAUACUUUAUUAAAAUUGUAUUUCUUAGAAUGUACACUGAAAGUAAAACAAUAAAACAGUUAAUAUGAAAUGAUGCAGUGUGUGCACACAUAACGGGUUGUGGUUGGCUUUAGAUAUACAGGAAUCCACUGACUCAGGUUUAUUGAGCUGUAAAGAUCCUCGAGGUCCGUUUAGAGCAAAGCUUCACUGCAAAUCAAUGAAAAUUAAAGUUGUACAAGUUGUUUCCAUCCUGAUGAAACUGAAAAGGCUCCCAUGCAGAAGACAUAUUGGUUUGAUGAGAUGAAUACCAGAAAUUGUGAAAUUUUGUAUCAACGCAUAUUAUACGACCAAAAUGAUGACUGGCAUUUAGAAC